CUAGCCGGAUCCGUGCAGGUCUAGCCCUAGUUUUCUGAGUUGUUGAUUCCUUUCGUUGUUUGGCUUCUAAGACUCCCUUUUAGAUUCUCCUUGGAGCUUUUUUCCAAUAAAUUUGCGAUCAUAGUUUUCUCGAACCCUAAUUCUUCCCUUUCUUUUUUCUUCCUCCUCCGGAUCCGUAAUUUAGCCUGUGUUUUACCCAUAUUUCCCUGGUUUACUGCUCAAUCUACGCACGUGUGCAUGAAAAGUCUCAAAUCUACAAUUCUGUUCGGUGUUCGUUGAAUCGUUUGAGGAGAGGAGAUGGAGAAAAUUGCGACUCGAAGUAGUGGAAUUUCAAUUUAUCAAAAAAUCAGCUUCUUCGGGCUUGAAAUCCGAUUCAGAAGGAUGAUCGAUUCGUAUUGCGUCGCCUGUGAAGCGUUUUCCGAGCACCUCCUUCUUUGAUCGCUGGUUUUCUUUUGCAGCUCGUUGCUCUUAAAUAAGAGAAUUGAUUUUUGUUGCGAAGAUGGAUGAGUUUGUGUUUCCUUCCUUGGGAAAAGGAAAGUUUGAAGCUUCUGAUUCUGACGUGGCGGAAGUAUCCCCUAACAAGCGAUACCUCCGGUAUAAUGAAAUCCUGGGCAGUGGAGCAUCUAAGACUGUCUAUAAGGGGUUUGAUGAAACUGAUGGAAUUGAGGUGGCAUGGAACCAAGUUCACUUAGACGAUGCAUUACAAUCUCCAGAGAAUUUGGAAAGAUUGUACACCGAGAUUCACUUGUUGAGGUCCUUGAAGCAUGAGAACAUCAUAAAGUUGCAUUGUUUCUGGGUCGAUAAUGAGAAGAAAACAAUUAACAUGAUCACUGAGUUAUUCUGCUCUGGAAGCAUGAGACAAUAUCGGAAGAAACAUAAAGUUGUUGAUAUUAAGGCCAUUAAGAAAUGGGCUAGGCAGAUUCUACAAGGUUUACAUUAUCUUCACAGUCAGAAUCCACCUGUUAUUCAUAGAGAUGUGAAGUGUGAUAAUAUCUUUAUAAAUGGGAAUAGCGGUGAAGUAAAAAUAGGAGAUUUUGGAUUGGCUACAAUGAUGAUGCAGCCUACUGCCAGAAGUGUUGUUGGUACUGCUGAAUUUAUGGCACCUGAGCUCUACGACGAAGAGUAUGAUAACCUUGCUGACAUUUACUCUUUUGGCAUGUGCUUAUUGGAGCUCAUAACAUGUGAAUGCCCAUACAGUGAAUGUAUAAAUCAGGCACAGAUCUUUAAAAAAGUUACCUCGGGUAAAAAGCCAGCUGCUUUGGAUAAAGUUAAAGAUCUCGAAGUGAAGCAAUUUAUAGAAAAAUGCUUGGUCCCGGCAUCCCAGCGAGCAAGUGCAUCAGAACUUUUGAAAGACUCAUUCCUGUCGCCUCACAGUUCAACAGAACUCUGUUAUGAUCCUUUGCUGAGUCCAACUUCCAUGUCAAAAUCCACAAGCUUGUCAAGUUCUGAAUCUCUCUCAAUGGACAUUGAUCCUUCUUCUAGAAUGCUUGGGAGUGUUGCUUGUGCUGAAAGCAAGAGUGGGGUACUCCAAACUUUUGAGUUUCUGAGCUGCAAUGAGAAGAACGAAUUUAAGUUAGAAGGGGAGAAGUGUAACGAAAAAUCAAUUUCGUUACACUUGCAUAUUGCUGGCUUUGGUGGUAACGUGAGAAAAAUUGAUUUCCCGUUCUACCCAGAAUGUGACACUGGCCUCUCAAUUGCUGGCGAGAUGGUUGAACAACUGGAGUUAUCAAACGAAGAUGUGGCGGUAAUAGCUGACCGGAUCGAUACUUUGGUAUUAAAACUCAUACCAAACUGGAAGCCAUCAUGCACAAUUUUGGGUGCUGCCAACAUCUCACAUGACGCCUCUACUGGGUUUCAGAAGAACAAUGAUUCUGUUCUUGAAAACACUCUUGAGAACAAAUCAAAAGACCAGAUCGUCCUUCGGAAUAACAAUGUCGAGGAGGAAUUGGUCCAAGCAUCCUUGAAACUUGAUGAGCCUGAGAAGUCGUUUGGAUCUGUUGAUGAAGGGUGUUCAAUGGUAUCCUUUGCCAGUUCGAUGAAUGCCAAAUCGGGCAGUAUUAGUUCAGGCAUUUCUUGCCUCUCUGUAGCAGAGAAGGGACAUAACGAAGAUGCAUUGAAGCGAGAAAUAGACGCUUUUGAUAUGAGGCAGCAUCUGCAGCAUUGCCGCGAAUUGGUGAGGAUGAGGGAGUCAACUGGGAAUUGUAGGAGGAAAUGGCUAACAAAGAGGAAGAUAUGUAGGGGGAAAUGGAUAACAAAAAGGAAGAUUGAUGCCUUUUGAUUGUUCAUACUCAAACAAAUGUGAUUUUUUUUUCUUCUUCUUCUUGUGAUAUUAUUUUUUUAUUCCCAUCCCGGAAAGGUUUUUCUCCCUUUCCACAGAAAAUCACUUGGUUUUUCAAUGUUAAGAGUUAACCUUUAUAUACUAGUACUAGUUUGCCAAUUGCCAUUAGAGCAGAGUACUGGGUUGGUCCACAUUUAAUUUUAUUGUUCAUUAGUCUAGUUAGUUAAUUCAUGUAUAAUAUGCAUGUAUGUAUUAAACAUUUGUUCUUAAU